AGGGUGCAUGCUCUGUCUUCUUCUUUGACGGACUGCGUGGUUUUACUCAGUUUCAUUACAUUAGCUGUAGGCUACCACAUUAAUGCAUAAUAUAUAAACAACUUGCACUUCACAUUUCAAAACAAGUACUUGCAUGGUGGCUUCAAUGACAGGUUUAGAUACUCUCUGCGGUGCCUUGUUAGGUCGAGAGCUCAACUACGAUAUCCACAAUCCCUUUCGCAUCAUACGCGGCAGGUUUUUCUCGGAUCGGAGUACGCUACAAUUCAAAACGAGACGUACCUGUUUGUGUUCAACAUACCUCCAACAUAGUACUCUGCUGUCGGCACGGAGAGCGAAGCAUUUCUUAAAUACAUUUUGGGAAUGUAACUUUGUACAGGAAGAAAGCUAACACGAAAACGUCGUAUGAUUGGCCAUUCUGACAGUUUUUUUUGUAUCAAACAUUGAGAGAUUUGUUGACAAAUUGCCUUUGUUAGCUAGUAAACAAGCUAGCUGAACGAAGUUGGGCUGAAGCGGCUGGUGGGAGAUUGUUGUCACUUGCUCACUGAGCGGUGUGGCUCGGGGAGGAGAGAAUCGACGGGAACCACCUCAUCGACUCCGCUGGUUGCGGCGGCGACAACCAACAGGCACAUGCAGGAUGAGGAAGCGGAGCUGAGGCUCAGCUGACCCCGCCCCUUUAGUGUGACCUCCCGCCUACCCUCACCCCUCCUCGCCCAUCCAGCCAGCCGGGCCUAUGUUCUCUCCAGAGCAGGAAAAUAUCUCCCCCUCCUCCACCUCCUCCUCCAAAGUGCCAGUGAAAUAUGGAGACCUCAUGGUGCUGGGGUACAAUGGCUCUCUACCCAACGGUGAUCGAGGCAGGAGGAAAAGCCGUUUCAGUCUGUCUAAGAGACCCAAGGCUAAUGGGGUCAAACCCAGCACAGUGCACGCUGCCUGCACCGCACAGGCAGCUAAGGCUAUCAGCAACAAGGACCAACACAGCAUCUCCUACACGUUAUCCAGAGGUCAGACGGUGGUGGUGGAGUAUAGUCAUGAUAACGACACAGACAUGUUCCAGAUUGGUCGUUCCACGGAGAGCCCUAUAGACUUUGUGGUAACCGACACGGUGGCAGGGAGCCAGAGUAACUUAGACACCCAGUCAGUCCAGAGCACCAUCUCUCGCUUCGCCUGCCGUGUCAUGUGUCAGAGGACGCCCCCCUACACCGCACGUAUCUACGCUGCCGGCUUCGACAGCUCCAAGAACAUCUUCCUAGGGGAGAAGGCAGCGAAAUGGAAGACGUGUGACGGUCAGAUGGACGGGCUGACCACCAACGGCGUGCUGGUGAUGCACCCUCGCCACGGCUUCACAGAGGACUCCAAACCGGGCGUCUGGAGAGAGAUUUCCGUCUGCGGUCACGUCUUCACCCUCCGAGAGACCCGCUCCGCUCAGCAGCGGGGCAAGAUGGUAGAGGCAGAGAGCCAGGAGCUGGUGGAUGGCUCUCUGAUAGAUCUGUGUGGAGCCACGCUCCUGUGGCGCACGGCCGAGGGCCUGAGCCGCACCCCCACCAUCAAACACCUGGAGGCGCUACGUCAGGAAAUCAACGCAGCCAGGCCCCAGUGUCCCGUCGGUUUCAACACCCUGGCCUUCCCCUCCAUGAGACGCAAGGACACCCCAGAUGAGAAGCAGCCGUGGGUCUAUCUCCUGUGUGGCCACGUCCAUGGUUACCACAACUGGGGGAGCCACCGGGACAGAGACAGGCUGGACCGGGACCAGGAGGAGAGGGAGCAGGGCCGGAGCAGGGAGUGUCCUAUGUGUCGAGCCAGUGGGCCGUACGUUCCCCUCUGGUUGGGCUGCGAGGCAAGCUUCUAUCUGGACACGGCUCCGCCCACCCACGCUUUCUCACCGUGUGGUCACGUGUGUUCUGAGAAGACGGCGGUGUUCUGGAGUCAGAUCCCGCUGCCGCACGGAACACACACCUUCCACGCCGCCUGUCCCUUCUGCGCCCAGCAACUGAGCGGCGAGCAGGGAUACGUUAGACUCAUCUUCCAGGGCCCACUCGACUAGGGGGACUAUUUGUCCUUGGUCGGAACUACUUUAUUUUUGGUCACAAAGGAACAACACUUAUAACGAAAGCUUAUAACUUCCAACUGCCUGGGAUUUUGGGGCGGGGGGGGAUUUUGGGGCGGGGGGAUUUUCUGGACUAUUCUCUCCGUUUCUGUUUGUCUCUCUCUGUUUUUAAGUGACCUUUUCUAUUUUUGAUUUUUAUUGGGAAUGAAAACAAAGAUUUCUAUAUUUUCAUGUGAAACAAGAAGAAAAAGAAACCAAAACUCUACUGGGGGAUAUAAUUUAGUUUUCUGAAAGAUCUGUAAACUGUAUUUAUCUGUUGUACUAACAUACGACCACAUAUGAGCUUAUUCUCCUUUAUUGUUGCAAUAUCCAUCCGUAUACAUCUUUAAGACUUAAAGUCCUUUAUUUCUGCCCAGACUUCAUAGUAACUCAGCUACAAAAUGAAGAUAAGCUACAUUAGUUAUCCUCCUUUACUCUUCUUGAUCAAUAUGCUUCACUUCAAUACUCUGUAACAUUUUUAUUGUGCUAUUAAGACUAUAAUAAUAGCAGAUCUCAAGUUCAAGGGUCGUAUUCACUAGAAGCUGAACGGAAGCAAACAGGAAGGGACCGACCUUUAUUGGUCUAAUGAGAAACGUUUGUUUUUUGUUUUCCGUUGCAAAACGUUUUGCUACGGUAUGCAGUAAUGAGUACAACCAAGGUGUGUUUUGGGGGUUCAGUUUUGUGUAUAGCGGUAUGCGUCGUGUCCCCCCCCCCCACAUCAUGGAUCUAUUGAGUAGCCAUGACAACGUCCUGUCAUAUUGAAACCUCUGUGUUGUCUGUCUGAUGGGGAGUUCUGGCUGUAAGGGGUGAAGUUUCCCCUAAGUACAGAUCUAGGAUCAGCUUCCCCUCCCACAAUCCUAACCUUAACCAUUAGUGGGGAAAACGUGAAACUGACUCAAGAUCAGCGUCUAGGGGCAACUCCACCCUACACCGUGUUAUAACUGUUCAUUUUUUCCCACAAAGCAUUGCCAUGACCUUUCAUAUUUGACGCAAUAGAUUUGGACGGAGACUUCCUACUUUUCGAGCAACUUGGGGUUUGUAGUCCCAUGAGUGAGUAUGUCAGACAGCCUUUUCUGACGGUCUUCUCCCUUCAAAGCCCAGGAGUAGAAACCAACAAGCCCAAACUGAUGUGAGGUAGUCGUUGGAGAGGUGUGUGAGCACAUGGUUGUGCUUCCCGCAUGCGUGAGUUAGAGCCUCUGUGUAUGUUCUGAUACUCUGCUCUGAUUGGUUAGAUAGAUUGACAGUUGUGUGAUUUCUGUCUGUAGUUUUGAUUGAAUGUUGAACACACACACACUGUUGCCUGUGUAAAGACAGACCGGACAUGUUGAAUGUCAUUCUCUUCUUAAGUAUCUAGACGUCACGAUAAUUCUGAAUGAAACAGUAUUUAUAGGGACAAAAUACCUCAGUGUAAAAAGUAGUCCUGGACCUCAACCUUCAGAAAUCAGUGGUGGGGGGGCAUUACAUGGUAUAAAUUGUCUAUGGAUGGUAUUUGAUCAUGUUUUUACUGUAUCAAUGUGUAUUUUGUGUACAGUAUUUUGUGUGUUUUAUUGUGUACAGAUGGUAUCUCCACUGCUCUCUGAAUCUGACUGAUACUCACCUCAGGGAGAACACACACACACCUGCCGUAUAGACACACCACAACACACACACACACCCCUGUCUGCCGUAUAGACAUCCGAACAGACACUUUCUCUCCUUGCAACAGACUUCAGAGGAUACCUCAUCAGUAGUUAAAGGUCUCUGUCUUGUCUUCUACAGCCCACUGUCCACAGCCUCAUGUUUAUACUCUAUGUAAGUACACAACACAAGCCGAGCCAAAUGGCUGGUAGGGUUUAUUGUGUAGCAAAAUUAUGCAAACGUUUUCACAGCUGCAAUUUUAUAAUUACGCAGCAUCACCGUGUUGUGUAGGCUGUUGCGUUGUUGCGUAGAGUGUAUAUACAAAAAAGUAUGUGGGUGUGUAUUUUGUGUACAGUAUUUUGUGGGUUGGUUCUUAUAUCCUUGUUGGGACCUAAAAUCCCCCACAGUCUCCACAAGGAUAGUAAAACAUCGAAAAUUCUCCCUCAUGGGGACAUUUCCCACGUCCUCAUGAAUACAAAGGCUAUUUUAAGCUCAGCUGUUAAGUUUAGAGUUAAGGUUAGGGAAAAUAGGAUUUUUAAUGGAAAUUAAUUUUAGGCACCCACGAGGGUAGAAGAACAUAGUGUGUCAAUAUGUGUUGUAUUGUGUACAGGUGGUAUCUCCACUGCUCUCUGAAUCUGACUGAUACUCACCUCAGGGAGAACACACACACCUCUGUCUGGCCCAUAGAUACACACACCUCUGUCUGGCCCAUAGAUACACACACACACACACACACACACACACACACACACACACACACACACACACCCCCCUGUCUGGCCCAUAGAUACACACACACACCUCUGUCUGGCCCAUAGAUACACACACCUCUGUCUGGCCCAUAGAUACACACACACACACACACACCCCUGUCUGGCCCAUAGAUACACACACACACACACACAUAAAACACCCCUGUCUGGCCCAUAGACAUCCAAACAGACACUCUCCUUGCAACAGACUUCAGAGGAUACCUCAUCAGUAGUUAAAGGUCUCUGUCUUGUCUUCUACAGCCCACUGAACACAGCCUCAUGUUUAUACUCUAUGUAAGUACACAACACAAGCCGAGCCAAAUGGCUGGUAGGGUUUAUUGUGUAGCAAAAUUAUGCAAACGUGUUCAGCCCUGCAAUUUGUAAAUACGCAGCAUCACCAUGUUGUGUUGUUGUGUUGUUGUGUAGGCUGUAUAUUACGCUUAACAUCUUGUCUGUCAGCUGUUCUAUGGACUUGUCAAAGGCACUGUGUUCCUCUUAUUGGGGAACGUGUGCAAGUAAGGGCUCUACUCUCUGGUCGUCUCUAAUGGCACUCUGUUCCCAUCAUAGGGCUCUGGUCAAUAGUAGUGCACUGUAUAGUACAGCCGGGACGUUAAACCGAUCAUUAUCCACACCGGCAAUACCGAUCACUUAGCGUAUUAAACCGAUCAUUAUCCACACCGGCAAUACCGAUCACUUAGCGUAUUAAACCGAUCAUUAUCCACACCGGCAAUACCGAUCACUUAGCGUAUUAAACCGAUCAUUAUCCACACCGGCAAUACCGAUCACUUAGCGUAUUAAACCGAUCAUUAUCCACACCGGCAAUACCGAUCACUUAGCGUAUUAAACCGAUCAUUAUCCACACCGGCAAUACCGAUCACUUAGCGUAUUAAACCGAUCAUUAUCGAUACCGGCAAUACCGAUCACUUAUCGUAUUAAACCGAUCAUUAUCAACACCGGCAAUACCGAUCACUUAUCGUAGGCAGUAACCUAUACUAGAGAAAUGUGAAGUUUGAAAUGAAGUAAGUUUGCUAAUAUGGGUGAUUUGUUAAUGGGACAAUUGACUGCUACAACCAUCUAACUAGUAGUAGUGGUGGUGGUGGUAGUAGUAGUAGUGGUAGUAGUAGUGGUGGUAGUGGUAGUAGUAGUUUAAAGGAGAAUAAUAUAAACUGUGGUGCAGAUUAAUGUUAUAAACAGAUUGUUCUAUUUAUCGGUGUCGCAUCAAUUCAGGCAAUUUAUAUGUAUUUUGGUCCACAUCACCCAGCUCUACUAUAUAGGGAAUAGGGUGCCAUUUUGGACUCAGCCAAUGUCUGUCUCUGUAUACUGUCUGCAUGGUGUCUCUGUUUCUCUACCCCUUUCUCUAGCUCUGGUCCUGGGCGUUAGUGAAGGAAGGCUGAGCAGUAACACCCUGGACCAGAGCUAGAGUAUCUCUUCUGUCUGGUGGAUUUCUGAUGCUUUAAGGCAAAAGCUGAGAAUGUUUUUUGAUUUAACAGUUUUUUUUACCAACUUUAAACAAUAAAGUUUAAAACAUGACACAAUU